AUGGGAUUUAUGCAAAUGAGCCUGGCAGAAGUUUUGGUACUGAAACCAACAAUGGGUCCAACUCUGAAGAAACAGUGUUUUAUGGCGCCACAUCUGAUGACGUCACUACGUACAUGGCCGCGCUACCAACGGAGUGGACAAAUACCUGGUACCGAGUGUAUGACAGACAAACCAACUUUAUAA